CGUCAUCAUUCAGGCUGAGUAGGGAGGCUAGCUAAAGCUGAUGUAUCCUAUUGGUCGUUUCCGUCAAUGUAAACAUGCAGCAGUGUCAGCGGUGUAAACUGUAUUGCUUAAGCGGCGUUUCCUUAUUGUUUACAGCUUUAUCUGAAGUCUGAAUAAUAAUGGCAGUGUGGCUGAAAAUAGCAGUCUCGGAACCAGGGCAGAGUAGUGUUAGCUUGAUAACUAGCUAGCACUAAAUAGCUUGCUAACUAUCUGGUUGUGUUUGUAUGAGGCUGGCCUUGCUAAUUAGAUAGCUAGCUUCCCAUUGGUAGCCAUGAAGGGCUAAAUUCAGGUUAGAGAGGCAAAGAUAGAAGGAUGGCAAGUCAUGUAAUCUAACAAGGACUUAUCGAGAAGUGGAGAAAAUGAAUAAAUCCAGAAGGGACGGGGCUUCGUCACCUGCGAAUGGAAGACAGGGCAAUGACUGGGAUACCAGACGGAAAAGGAAAAUUGCGGACAUCACACAGGCCCUCAGUGUGAGUCCAGUGGAUGUUGCUGCUUUAAGAAGGAUGGCUAUCAGUGAAGGAGGACUGCUGACCGAUGAGAUCCGCUGUCAAGUCUGGCCUCGGCUUCUCAACGUCCCUCCUCAUGUCUUGGAACAAGAGCCAGAAAAGGUAGACCGGGAGGAUAACAAGGACUACAACCAGGUGCUGUUGGAUGUCCAGCGAUCUCUGCGGAGGUUCCCACCUGGUAUGCCAGACGAACAGAGAGAGGGUCUCCAAGAAGAACUAAUAGACAUCAUCCUCGUAGUUCUGAAACGCAAUCCCCAGCUGCACUACUACCAAGGGUACCAUGACAUCGUUGUCACCUUCCUAUUGGUCCUUGGAGAGCGCCUUGCAACUGCUCUUGUGGAAAAGCUCUCCACCCAUCACCUCAGGGACUUCAUGGAUCCUACCAUGGACAACACAAAACACAUUCUUAACUAUUUGAUGCCCAUCAUUGAAAGAGUCAACCCUGAGGUGCAUGACUUCAUGCAGCAGGCUGAGGUGGGGACAGUCUUCGCUCUCAGUUGGCUCAUCACCUGGUUCGGCCACGUGCUUUCAGACUUCCGCCAUGUUGUCCGGUUGUAUGACUUCUUCCUGGCCUGCCACCCAUUGAUGCCCAUAUACUUUGCUGCUGUGAUCGUACUGUACAGGGAAGAGGAGGUUUUUGAGUGUGAAUGCGAUAUGGCCAUGGUUCAUCACCUGCUCUCUCAGAUUCCCCAGGAUCUGCCAUAUGAGACCCUCAUCAGCCGAGCAGGAGACCUCUUUGUCCAGUUCCCUCCCUCUGAAAUGGCCAGAGAGGCCGCCUCGCAUGACAGCAUGGCAGCCUCUACCUUUAAGGACUUUGACCUUGCGUCAACUCAGCAGCGGCCAGACUCUGUUCUCCGGCGCCGGCGCAAACAGAAACAGGCUGCCCUGGAGAGAUCAGCUGCGAACGCUGUAGUGACGGUGGCACAACCUUCAGCUGCACGCCGCUUUGUUCGCCUGGCUGUCAUGGGUCUGACGGUGGCUUUAGGGGCUGCAGCCCUCGCCGUGGUCAACAGCGCCCUGCAGUGGGCCCCCAAACUGGACUUGUUUCCUUGAGCUGCUCCUCUUUCGACUCCUACGCUCCAACAUACCGGUCCUUGACUGACUCCAGCUGGUGGGUCUGUUCCCAAUAAACUUGAAUGAAUGAAAGCAGGAACAAUACAGUCAAUAACACUGUCUGGAGCGUCUUACGCUACUGUUAUCUGCUAGGAUGUGUCUUCACAUCCUAUGCAGGACUUCUAAGGCUCCAUCUGAAGGUCCUUUUUAUGACUCCUGAAGAUCACGCACCAGUAUUAUUGCUGGUGUUAUCAAAUGAAGCAUUCAUCCUGCUAUAAUGAAGAGACUCUUUUUCUAAGAACUAUUACUGAUAGUGUCAUUAUUAAAGUAUAUUUAUAUUUGGUAAUAGGAUAAUCUGCUAUUGAGUUCUAAUCACAGAGAUAUAUGCUGAAAUAUUGUUGGACUCGCUACACUUGAAACUGCUGCCAAUUAAUUGUGUGUGUGUGUGUGUGUGUGUGUGUGUGUGUGUGUGUGUGUGUGUGUGUGUGUGUGUGUGUG